UCAUAUAUUUCCAAGCAAAUUAUCCUAUCGUUCCGUUAUUUCCAAGCAAAACAAAUAUCAAACCAUAGAUAAGCCUCUUGACUGAUAUCACGACCGGCGCCGGUUUCAUCAGAUUUUCCGUCAAUGGGAGUUUUCGCGUUCGCCGGUCUCCACGCCCCUUUCAUCCCCGCUCAUGAUUCCUUCAACCGUCAAUCGUCUCCUUCACUGCUCACUUCGUACAAAGCCCAUCGCCAUGAUUAUCGAAUUAAUCGAACCGUCCGUUCCUCCGUCGCCGAAGGCGGUCCUGUCUCCACUUCUACUUCUCCGCGAAACGAUGAGCAUCGUACAAUGUUGGAUUGCGUGAUCGUCGGAGCUGGAAUCAGCGGCCUCUGUAUAGCGCAGGCCCUAGCCACAAAGCACUGCACCUCUAAUGUCGUGGUAACGGAGGCCAGAGAGCGCGUGGGUGGAAACAUCACCACCGUCGAAAGGGAUGGUUAUCUAUGGGAAGAAGGUCCGAAUAGCUUCCAGCCCUCUGAUCCCAUGCUUACCAUGGCGGUGGACAGUGGGUUGAAAGAUGAGUUAGUGUUGGGAGACCCCAAUGCGCCUCGUUUUGUUUUGUGGAAUGGCAAGCUGAGGCCAGUGCCCUCCAAGCCUACUGACUUGCCAUUCUUUGACUUGAUGAGCUUUCCUGGGAAACUCAGAGCCGGUUUUGGGGCCAUCGGUCUUCGACCACCCCCUCCGGGUCAUGAGGAAUCAGUUGAAGAGUUUGUAAGGCGCAACCUUGGCGAUGAAGUCUUUGAACGGUUGAUAGAGCCAUUUUGCUCUGGUGUUUAUGCUGGGGAUCCAUCAAAAUUGAGCAUGAAAGCAGCAUUUGGGAAAGUAUGGAAACUGGAGCAAACUGGUGGUAGCAUCAUUGGCGGAACCUUCAAAGCAAUCCAGGAGAAAUCUAAAAGUCCUAAGAAAUCUCGAGAUCCGCGCUUACCUAAACCACAAGGGCAAACAGUUGGAUCAUUCAGAAAAGGCCUGUCAAUGUUACCUAAUGCAAUUUCCUCAAGCUUAGGAGACAAAGUGAAGUUGUCAUGGAGACUCGUCACUAUUGCUGCACUGGAUGAUGGAGGAUAUUCCUUAACGUAUGAAACCCCAAAGGGAAUAGCAUCUCUGAAGAGUAGGUGUGUGGUGAUGACUGUUCCCUCCUAUGUGGCAAGUGGAAUAUUACGUCCACUUUCGGAUGCGGCUGCAGAUGCAUUGUCAAAAUUUUAUUAUCCACCUGUUGCUGCAGUCACCAUAUCCUAUCCUAAACAAGCAAUUCGUGAAGAAUGUCUGAUUGAUGGUGAACUAAAGGGGUUCGGGCAGUUGCAUCCUCGUUCCCAAGGAGUGGAAACUUUAGGAACUAUAUACAGCUCAUCACUGUUUCCUAACCGUGCUCCACCUGGAAGGGUUCUUCUCUUAAACUACAUUGGUGGAGCUACCAAUUCAGGAAUUACAACAAAGACGGAUGGUGAGCUUGUGGAAUCGGUGGACCGUGACCUUAGGAAGAUGCUUAUAAAUCGUAAUGCAACAGAUCCGCUUGUCUUAGGAGUGCGUGUGUGGCCACAAGCUAUUCCACAAUUUUUGGUGGGCCACCUGGAUUUGUUGGAUGAGGCCCGAAGUGCUCUGAGAAAACGUGGGGUUAAGGGUGUGUUUCUUGGGGGCAAUUAUGUCUCGGGUGUAGCGUUAGGCAGAUGCGUGGAAGGUGCAUAUGAUGUUGCAGCAGACGUGAAAGAUUACUUGUCGCAGUUUACGUAUAGAUGACUUUUCUGGUUUUUGUCAUUUGUUGUUUACUAGAGGGAANAAUAAAAAAAAAAAAAAAAA